AUGGCUUUUAAUCUUUCCUGGGCCUGUGUAAUAAUAGGCUGUACUUUUGAUUCUUUAGGAAGAAUAUCCAAUAUCUCAGAUGUGUAUCCCCCUCUGUGGAAAGAGAGUCCUGAUCAGUUCAGUGACUACAAGGUAGAAAAUGGAAAAUACAUCAUUAAUGUCUGGAAUUACCUUGAGAGACUGGGGACAUAUAAAAUCCUAUUGAACAAGACAGGCAAGUAUUUUGAAAAAUUUGCACCAGAAAAUGAACAAAAUAUUUUAUGGGGACUGCCUGUGCAUCACGGGUGGCAGUACAGAAAGGGGAAGUUGGCUGAUCCCACCCAAAGGGCAGACUGUGGCCAUGAAUCUGGGGAUCAUCUAUGUAUCUCUGUGGACAGUUGGUGGGCUGACCUUAAUUAUUAUCUCUCUGCAAUACCCUUCCUUGCUGUGGUUGAUUCUGGCAUAAUGGGAAUAUCAUCAGACAAUGUCACCUUUCUGCCAGCAUCCAAGGAUCAGAUGAAUUUUUGUGAUAAUGUUUCUAGCUGUUAUUCAUCCUUUCCAGAUACAAUGAAAAAAUGGAAUAAAUUUUACCAGCAGGUAACGUUAUAUUCUAGUAACUUUGAUGACCUCUUGAAGUACUUAUGGGUUGCACAUGUCUCAUCCUUGAAGGUUGCUCGUAAAAAAUUUCACAAUAGGUUACAGCAUUACUCUAAACAAGAAGCAGAGUUUGAAAGCAGCAGGGCUUUGUUUGUGGAUUAUUUAGCUCCACCCCUCUUCCCUUCAGCUUUGAUUAGAACAUAUGAACUCCAGAAGGGCCUGCCAACACAAAUGCUUGUUAGUGGGAAUAAAGCCCCCUUCAUCAGUGACUUUACAGGCUUUCAGAACACAGUCCUGCUUGGUCUAAAUUUUCUCCACAAACCGACAUUGAGCACCUUAAAUGUUAAAAGGUUCAUCAGUGAUGUCUUGCUAAGAAAGAGGUAUUUCAGCAAAGAUAUGAAGGAGGAGAGGGAAGGAGCCUUGAGGAUAUCUGAAAUCAUCAUGUGGACUAAGAACGCUGCCUGCCGUAUCAGUAAACAAAGGAUGUCACAGCCAUCAGUGAUUGCAGCCAACCUGAUGGUGAGCCCUGAGGGAACUCGGGAUGGAAACAAGGAAUGCCUGCAAUCUAGCAGUCAUCAGACUGCAGCCACCCCCAGCAGUGCAGCUUGA